AUGUCCUGGCCUGCCUUGCGUGCCGAGAAGCGCUUCGCACCAGCGGCGAAAAACUUGCAGAAACUGGGCCCGUUUACUAUUCUGUCCAAUCCUGGGAUGGUGACUGAAAUUGUUGCUGUGGACUCAUCUCCUGAGUUGGUAUGGACGUGGAGCUCAAGCGAUUCUCCACAGCACCAGACCUUGCAGAAAAAGAAUUCCCAGUUUUAG